AUGAAACCUUUCAUUGUACUCAUGCUCUGCUGUAGUUUUAUCUCUAGCAGAGCCAACCCUGUGCCGUUUGAAUUUUCACACUGUGAUGACCCUGAUGUCUUUAAAGCUGUCGACACAGCACUGAAGAAAUACAAUGGAGAUAGAGCAACUGGUAAUCAAUUUGCUCUAUACAUGGUGAUGGAAGCCAAGAGAACUGCAGGUCCUGACCCGCAAUUCUAUGUGAAAUAUCGAAUUAAAGAAACCACUUGUGCUGUAGAGGAAAACAAACUCUGGCAAGACUGUAAUUACAAAGCACCUGCAGAGGCUAGCACAGGAGAAUGCACAGCUCGAGUUCACAUGAGCAAUGGUGAAAAAAUGAGUAAUGUUUCACAGGACUGUAAAAUUUUUCCAGACUCUAAAAAUAUAAGAAUUGCUGUGGGUACCUGUCUUGGAUGCUUCCAUCCUAUAUCAAGUGACAGUUCAGAAGUGUCGGAAAUUCUGAAACAAGCCAUUCAAAAGUUUAACAGGCACAGUGCUGAACCUGCCCUUUUUAAGCUUGUGGAAAUAAAAGAAGCAGAAAGACAGGUGGUAGCUGGAUGGAAUUACAUAAUUAAAUUUAAAAUCGAGGAGACUAAUUGCUCCAAAGACCAAUUUCAAGAUUUAACUCCAGAGUGCAAAACCACUUCUAGAGGUCGUGUAGGUAACUGUGAAGCCAAAGCGUAUGAAAAUAUUCAGGCACAGAUCGUAGAUAUCGCAAGCCAGUGCAAGCUUCCAGUUGAAGACACAGUAAUUCCUGCCAUUCGUACUGGUUGUUCAAGGACUAUCCCAAAUGACCAUCCAGAACUAAAGGAACUACUCAAGGUUUCUAUGGAGAAGUACAACUUGGAAAGCAAUGAUGACUUCUACUAUAAAGCUGGAGAAAUAGAAGAAGCCACAGUUCAGCUGGUUGCAGGACGAAACUACCAUUUAAAAUUUUCAGUCUGGAAGACAAACUGCUCAAAGACAGAGUUUGAAAAGCUUAAUGAAUACUGUGAAGCCACAUCCGACAGUGUACAAAUGCCAUGUGAAGCACAAAUUCAUGUGAUCCCAUGGGAGAAUAAAAUCCUUCCCCAGCUUAACUGCAGUAAAGAACGGUCAAUGUCUGUACUUCUGAGAAGGCCCCCUGGGUUCACACCUUUCCGAAGUACUGCUGCACUAGAACUACCAAAUGAAAUUUUAUGCUCUGCUGAAAAUGAAGAAGAAAGACAAAGUCCUGGCAAAGAAAUGAGAAAAGAUGAUGGACAAGAACCAGGAGGUGAAGAUCACACAGAAUCAACUUCCCCCAGAUGUCCUGGAAAACCAUGGAAACAAAAUAUGGACCUUCCAGCUCCUCCCAGCUUUUCCAGAGAAUUCACAGAUGAGGAUCUCUUGCCUUCCGCAGCAGAAAACACUGAUCCAGCAACAGAAGACUCAACACCUCCUGAAGACUUAGAUCUCUCAGAUGCUUUACUGUAACUCAAACAUUGUAGGACCUUUUCAGAUAUUAUAUGUAGAAAAAUAAGAA